CAAAGAUCAUCAUAGGUAUUUCACACAUCGAGUCAUUGUUGUUGAUGCUGUUGUUCUUGAUGUUGUGAUGUUCUUGAUGUUCUCGACGUUUGUUUGAUCACCAAUUUCUAUAUUUAUCACAUCUUGAUACCGACCCGUACCCGUAGAACUUGCUUGCCUCACAUUACCUGGCACUUUAGCGAGAAGUUGAAUGUAAGUUUAAGUUCCACUUACAAUUUCAUCAUCCCGAGCCCGCACGCCAACAAGCAACUUGAAUUACCCGGCACAACAAUCCAAACCCCAUCGCAAUUCAAUCUGAUUAACCUUUCCAAGUAAUCACCACCGUCGCUUACUACACUCAAUUCUUAUCUCAUCGCGAAGAGGUCACUUCGACACCCUAACCAACUUCUCAGUUACGCGCGACUUCGAGGCGCAAACAAUCCACGGUGGCGUUCGUUCUCACCCAAACGCAGUCGCAACUGUCCCUUCAACAACACUUAGAUAUCUCAUCCGAGAUAUUGGAAUACGUCCAAGGGGGACUGGAGGGGGAACCACAACUUUUAAUGAUGGCGCAGGCAGGAGGGCCUAUUCUUAAUCCGCCAAAUGACAAGAGAAGAGUCAAGGUCUAUGAGUUGCGCGAGGGCGACUGGUUUGAUAGAGGUACUGGCUUCUGCAGGGCUGAUUUCAUGGUCGUAUGUUUACCUUUCUUUCUCAAUCUUCAUGCAAACACCUAUUCGCUGCGCGGCCGUCAUUCUUAUCCCUAUCCUUCUUUCCACCACCUCCGGGAUUUGUUGCCUAAUCACCUUGAGUAUACAUAGGAUAAUGGCUCGGAAAAGUCAGAUCCCAGUGUAGUGGUGCAGUCGGAGGAUCAACCAGGUCGCAUGCUCCUUGACACGAAGAUAGUUAAAGCGGAUGGAUUUCAGAAACAGCAAGGUAUAUUGGAUCAGCGCAUGGUUAUCACAUUUCAUACUAAUGGAUCUCUUCCAGAAACCCUCAUAGUAUGGACAGAACCGGAUAGUGAAAUGGAUAUGGCUCUCAGCUUCCAAGAAGCCGAGGGUUGCGCGGCUGUUUGGUAAGUGGCAUAUCGCGAUCAACGCGUAAUUAUAUUGUGGCGCAUUCGACUGAUAAUUGUCACAGGAGAUUUAUCAAUAAUAUACAAUCCACCCUCAGCGCACCCGGAGGUAUCAGUAUAGAGGGUAAGUUAAUUAACCUUCCAUAUCUCCGAUUGUGACAUUCUACAUACCUUUAUGAUGCUUAUAGUAUUCUUUAGAAGAUAGUAUAUCAGAGGAUCUCAUCCCUGAGCUAGUGAUUCCAACCUCACUCCCCCAUCCUUCACUUGGUAACCUGCACGAGCUGGAACAGCUAUUUAGAGGAUUGAACAGCACAACGGGUGGACGCGAGGCCCUUACGAAAAUGGUUAUAAAUGAAUUUUAUGUCCGAAGGUUAAUACCUCUCGUUGAAAUGGCCGAAGACAUGGAAGAUCUACCGAGUUUACAUCGACUUUGCACCAUGAUGAAGAUAAUCAUAUUGUUGAACGACAGUUCGAUAAUAGAAGAUAUCGUAACGGAUGAGGUAGUCAUUGGUGUUGUCGGAGCUUUAGAGUACGAUCCGGAUUUCCCAAGCCAUAAGGCUAAUCAUCGACUUUGGUUAGGCAAGAAGGAUAGAUAUAAGGAAGUUGUUGAAAUACCCGAUGAGAACGUGAUGAGAAAGAUCCAUAAUACAAAUCGGCUACAAUAUCUCAAAGAUGUUGUGCUCGCUCGGAUCUUGGAUGACCCAACGUUUUCGGUUCUCAAUGGCCUCAUCUUCUUCAAUCAAGUCGAAAUUGUUCAAUAUCUGCAGAACAAUGCAACAGUCCUUAAGGAACUUUUUGGAAUUUUCGGAUCACAAGAGACAGAUCAGGAAAGGAAGAAGAUGGCCGUCUUAUUCAUACAACAGUGCUGCGCCAUCGCGAAGAAUUUACAACAACCAGCACGGCAAACUUUAUACAACAACUUCUUAGGACAUGGUCUGUUAUCUGUUAUUAACUUUGCUCUUCGACAUAACGAUGUGGGAGUACGGGUAGGAGCCACAGAUGUCUUGGUUUCUAUGAUCGAUCAUGAUCCUCAAAUGAUUCGUCAAACAAUAUUCCGACAAAUGAAUGAGAAGCAAACCCCGCUGACCGAUUCCCUCAUUGAUCUUCUUCUCGUAGAAGCUGAUUUAGGUGUAAAAGCUCAAAUAGCGGAUGCGAUCAAGGUUCUCUUGGAUCCAGGCAACCACAAUGCACCACCAGUGGAAACACCCGCCAAAGGUAACAGUGAAGUUACAGUUAGACUUAGGCCUCAGGCAGACCCUCAGCAUGAACUUUUCCUUAAUCAUUUUUAUGAAGACUCGGCGAAGAGAUUAUUUAAACCUUUGGUGGAUUUGAAGAGGCGAGAGAAUAUGAACUUCACUGUCCAUCAAGUGUCUUUAUUCAUCUAUUUGAUAGAGAUCCUUUGCUUUUUUAUCAGGCAGCAUAUGCACCGCAGCAAAUAUUUCGUGUUAUCAGAAGGACUAGCUCAACGUAUUUCUCAACUUUUGGGGAGCCCGGAGAAAUAUCUGAAAUUAAGUAAGUUAUUGUUUCCUUGAUAACAUGAGCUUUACUGACAAAUUCUAGCUGCAUUGAAAUUUUUCCGAAAUUUAGUUGGUUUACAAGAUGAGUUUUACAAUCAGCAGAUGAUGCAAGAUUGUCUCCUUGAGCCAAUUUUAGAUCUUGUGAUUGAAACAAUGCCUCGAGAUAAUCUUUUAAAUUCAGCAUGUUUGGAGUUCUUCGAAUUCCUCAAGCAUCACGGUUCUAACGAAAAGGGUUUGGUCAGUCACUUGGUGGAAAACUACCGAGAGAAACUUGAGUCAAUCACCUACGUUGACACUUUUAGAAACUUCGUAUAUAAGUAUGAUAACAGCCAAGGAUUUUCGUCGAAUAUGGAAACUUCCUACCUCGACACGGAAGAUGAAAGUCCGAAGAGACUUGAACCAGGUAAAGGCAGUAGAUGGGGCUCAGGUAUCAAGGACUUGGAUGCUGAAGAAGAAGCAUAUUUCAAUACCUCGGAUGAUGAGGAGGACAAAUCUUAUGACGGGAGCUUGACAAAUGGAGCGUCACUCGUCUCGAAACCUUUAGUUGAUUAUCCAUCUGAUGAAGAAAAUGAAAACUCGGAAAACGAUGUUUCUGUGGAUAUAACCGCUGCUUCACUCUGCCAGAGCCCUUCACUAAAAUCCCUUGCUUCAAAAGAUUCCAGUGGGGACGAAUUUGUCAUGACUCCUACUUCUUCCACACCUACACCACCAGAAAGAUCAUCGGAAAAGCGCAGGAGGGAAGAGGAUGAGGAAGAUGAACUGGGCAAACUUUCCAAUCACAAACGAAGAAGUUCGACGAGUUCGAAUAGCAAUGUGGUUAAGAGGAAACAGAGCUUCAACAAGGCUCGGGAUGGUGGUAACGGACCUAAGAAAAUUGCUAUUAGUUUAUCUCCAGCUAUCAAAACUGGUGGUGGCAGUCCUGGUGGCAGUACGAGUUGAAAUGCUGUUACGUCGAUUUGCAAAUCUUUUUUAAAGGAAGAUUGGAAUAUCUUCAGAAUGGCGCAUUUUUAGUUGCACGAAAUGGAGUUUAGGCGAAGGAGGGAAAUGAGAUGUCAGUGAUUGAUUUGAUAUAACAUCACUCAGUCCAAAGGGGUGACUGCGAUUACUUUGUUGGUAUUGCUUUGAAUUUGGCGCCAAUAGUACAGUUUUGCUUGCCCCGUGAACAAUAUUUUAUAUUGUUCCUUUGGCUUCGGCUUGUUUUCCGCGUGGGUUGAAAGGGAAGGGAGGGAAUGAAAACUGCGGAAUAACUUGAUCGCCGAUACUUGUACAGUAGAAAGGACGGAGAUUUCUGGAGUUCUCUCAUUCUGAUAGGAAUGAAUGGAUGGAUGAAUGGGGGGAUGGAAGGAGGAAAGGGAAGGAAUGAUUAGGAUUGGAAGAGGAGAGGAGGGGAUGAAAGAAGGGAAGGGAAGGAAUGAUUAGGAUUGGAAGAGGAGAGAACAGAUGAGUUGAGAUGAAUUGAUACCAUACAUGUCGAAUAGAUAUUGACAUUGACAUUGACAUUGACAUUGAGAUCAUGAUGAAAAUGAGCAUUUUAGAGCC